CCGGUGUGAGUGACAGGCACGACGGUGUCGCGGCUCGCGGCGACUUACCACAGACUCGACCGGAGUUCGUUCCCGUUUAUGGCGUAGAACGUGAUGCAAUGCUCUGUUUUCGCGAACGUAACACCGCCCACGACAGCGACACCGGCACACGGGGAGCGAGGACGCAGCCCACGGCGGGUGUAGCCUAGCUAGCUGGCCGUAUGUGUGCAGCGGUAGCCAUUGUUUGAGUUGUCGGCUAACAUGGCAACGACGACGGCGGCGGCGGCGGCUCGGGACGGCAGCGUCGGCUAGACGGCAGCUCGCAGCCUUGUUAUUAACGUUGUGGUCAUUCCACAUGAUGAGUGACAGUCCCCCAGCCAGGAAGCACAACCUGCCCCUCUCUCCCUCAGCUUGGGCCACACCCUUGCUUUGGCUACCCUCCUAAAGCUCCCCCUGCCCACCCAACCAACCCCCCCCCGGCACCCGCCGAGAUGACCGAUAGGAAGGAGCCUCCCUUCUUCGACGACGACCGCGUGGGAGCUUUUCACCACAAGCUUCCCCUGUACGACCCCAUGGAGCUGUUCAUCGAGACCCUGACUGGGACGUGUUUUGAGCUGCGCGUAUUGCCCUUUGAGGCCAUCAUCUCCGUCAAGGCCAAGAUCCAAAGGCUUGAAGGCAUCCCAGUUGCCCAGCAACACCUCAUCUGGAACAACCUGGAGCUGGAUGAUGAACACUGUCUCCAUGAUUAUGGCAUUGCGGAGGGCUGCACUUUGAAGCUGGUCUUAGCUAUGAGGGGAGGUCCAAUCAACACCAGAAGGGUAACCAUGGAGGAUCCUGUGAAAGAGGUGGUGGACUCCAUGGAGGGCACAAAGGAGGAGGGUUGGGAGAAGAGCUCGGCUAACAAACAGGUCACGUUCGUGGUCUACCGCGAAGGCGACCAGCUCAACUUCUUCCGGGUGGUGGACAGGGGAGAUGGUUCCCUCACGCCUCUGUCGGAAUCGCUCAGUGGCGGCUCGGUGUACAACAUGUGCACUGAGGGGGACGGCGGCGGCGGCGGCGAGCGCUCCGCUGCUGCUCAUAGCCUGGAAAACUCCAUCACCAUGAACAAAAUGAAGCUGCUCAAAGCCAAGAUGGAAGACAUGAACAUCAACAAAAAGCCGAAGAAGACGAGUAAGGCAAAACCGCGUCCCCCCGUUGGCCUCCAUCCCUGCGGCGGCCACCCGACACCAUCCAUCACGCGACUCCAUCAGCGCCUCUUGCGUUCGCUCCCGCAGAUUAACCCGUCUCGCCAGCUCAGUGGACAGCUACCUCCCAUAGCAGACCAAGAGCUCCCGGACUCGUCUCCUGCCGGCGCGGCUGCUUCCGUGUCUUCCCACACACCCGUCCCGAGACGACCGCCUCCCUCUUUCCCUUCGCCGUCUUGCUACAUGCUUCAGGAGGAGGAGCCGUGGGAGACGUGUGCGCCCUUCGCAAAGAUUCGGCCCCCUCCCAAAGUCUCCCGCUUGGACAUCGGCGGCACCAGGCUUAUGAGGGACUGCGUGUACCCUCAGCUCCCUCCGUUGUGCACCAGGAGUUCGCCCGAAGCCGCGUUCGAACCGCUCAAGCCGGUCGGCGAAGCGGUCGGGGUGAGUUUAUUAGAGGAAGCUGGCGGGAUGGUGGCGCCGUCACAGACCGCCGCGUCGUUCGGGGAGCUCGCGGACCCUCUGAGUCUGGAUUUGUCUUCUCGAUCGGAGGAAGCUUGUCGAGCCUUCGACGUCGGGGCGCCGCACCAGAUGCCGCUCCCGCCCUCUCCUCUCAGCGCUUGGACGCUCGGGACCGGCGGCGACACCCUGACCAGCAGAGCUGAUAUAACGCAGCUCAGCACUUCCUUCCAUUUAAGUCCCCCCUCGCGGUCACCCGCUUCCAGCUCCCCAAAGCCACGUUUUCAGCCUUUUGACUCCACGCUCCCCCUUCAAGUACAUUCCGCAGCACAGCUGAAGCCGGGCAGCCCCUCCCCACUCCCGUCCAUGAUGUCAAGUCACGCGCCGCGCCUGCGGGGCGCAAAGGUGGAGUCGCCCGGCAAGAGGCCCGAGCUUCUUUCCAAGAAGGAAGCCAGAAGCAUCACCAAGAUGGCCAACCAAGCUUGUAGAGAGCAACUGGGCUCUCUGUGCAAAUCGGAGAGCCUCGCCUCUCUCUCCACGAGGCCCGUUGACGGAAGCGGCGUGCGGAGAGGCGGCCUGGGCCUCCCCUUACCCCCUGCUACUCCCAUAGGACAGGGCAUCCUGGGCUCCAGGCAGCCUGGCCUCCCUCAGGAAGACGCCGCUCGACAGACGUCCUUGCACCGAGCGGCAGCCUCCUCACACACGGCCAACAAAUGUCUUGUGUCUAGCGGGGGAGUCGUGCCUCCAUUCGGGAGAAUUGGAACGCCGACGUACCACCUACCUCCAGUCAAGGCCCCCAUGGCCAGCAAGAAGAAGAGUUCUAAGCACUGCUUCCUUUGUGGCAAGAAGACAGGCCUGGCCUCCAGCUACGAGUGCAGGUGCGGCAGCAACUUCUGCGCCGCUCACCGCUAUGCAGAGACACACGACUGCUCGUACGACUACAAGGGGGCGGGGAGGCGCUUCCUGCAGGACGCCAACCCGCUCGUCACCGCUCCCAAGCUGCCUAAGAUCUAGAAGACCUCUGACCCUACUAAGGAGGACACGUUCAGCCUUGAUGGACGGAUAUUAUUCACCGAUGUGUGCUUUGGUUUUCUUGUCCAUCUUAGCCAAGGUGAAGUCUCCUGUUAAAAAUUGUGGACAAACAGCAGAUGGUCAAUGUGAAAGUGUUCCUUUUAUUUGCUCAAUGAAUCCAUCGGUCUGUGCACGUAGGUAGGUUGUUGUUUUUUUGUUGUUGUUGUUUUGCAAAAUAUCAGCUGCAUAUUCAGGCAUUAAAAAAGAAAAAAACAAGCGCUGAUUGAUUUCCGUUGGACAAGUCUUGGCCAGAUGCACUUUAGAAAUAUCAUAUUUAAACUUAUUCUGGGCUGAGGAGUCUUUUUAUUGAUUGUCUGUGUUUGUCUCAUAAAGUGUUGUCAUCGAUAGAUUAUUAUUUUUUUUUUUUUUAAAUUGUAUCCUGCACCUCAAAUGUCUUGUUAAACAGGAACAUACAAAUAACCACACAACUGAACUACACCCACGUGUGUUUAUAUUUAUUCAUGAAAUAUUUAAAUUCAAGUAUGCAGCCUGUGUCUGUGUGAAUGCCAGUUAUAAUUGUGUAUAAAAGGGGGGGGGGGGGGGGGUUGGGUGAAGGGAGCAGGAUAUUUAAAUGUAUUUAGUAAGUAAGGUGGUGGUUGCUAUAAGAAUCUUUUGUAUUUUGUCUUUUUAAAAUUCUCAGCCGUUGCAAAAAUCUCCAAUGCUGUCAUCAUAUCUGCAGGGGGUUUGACUUUGAAUAAAGUUUCUUCCCAUACCUUCAGAUACAA